CCAAAGAGAAUAAAACCACGCUGUAUAAAAGAAUAAAAACAGUUGUCUAAUAGUGAUGUAAUUGAUGUUAUCAUUGCCUGGGAUCUCAUCAUUGAUUGAGAAAAAUAAACUAAUACUCAGUUAGAAUAAUAGCAUUAUACUUGGGCCCUUUGAAGGUGGAAGUCUUGUGAUUUUAGGAAAACCUGUUGAUACAAGAAUCCAAAGAUGUGGUCAAGAGUCAUCACAGCAUUCUUCAUCGCCACCUGCACUCACACCCAAUUCCUAAGAGAAGCACGGAGUAAGAAGAAUGCCACGAUGUUCAGAGACGAGCAAAUCAUCUUCUCUUCUGCUUUCAACAUCACCAAGCUGCUGGUCCCAGCUGACGGCCAGAAGUACCUCCAAGCAGAGUCUUCUGACAUUCCAUCCAUCUUCUUCACCGUUGCUGACCCUAAAUCAGAAGGCGGCAGCUGUAUUUAUGUUCUAGAAGGAUUCGCAGCUUAUGAAAUCUUAGAAGGAGGAAGGGACUCAACAGCAGACUACAGUUUCGACAAAUCAAUAUACUUCGGUGCGAGGGACGGACUCUACAAGUACCAUCCUGACAGUCUAUCAGCUAAGAAAUUCGGGCCUUUCAGAGAUGAUAUCAUACAACUACAAAAAGCAAAUGGUAGUGAUGUAAUCUAUAUACUAAAUGCUGAACACAAACUGUAUAAAGUUGAAAAGAAUGGGACGGUUAAAACGAGACUGCAAAACGUUGGGUGUGCUCUAGAAUUUGUUCUUGAUACUUCGAAUAACAUAUACUACGUAUCUUGUGGAGACCGAAUGCCUCAUAUAGUUAAAUCUAACGGGAAUGUACUUAGCUUAACAGCGAGUGUCAUAGAAGAUUUCCGUGAUAUAAAACUGCUACGACCAGCAUUCAUAAUGGAGAAUUGUAUACCGUUUUUUGGAGAUGGGAUUUUGUAUAUUUUGUACUCAAAUGGGACAUAUGAAAAAAAAGACUUGAUAAUCAAGGAAAGACCAACAGCGUAUAGUGUAGAUGCUGCCUUAUAUCUAGUAGCUGCUUUAAAUGGGAAGAUAUAUGAAUUCAAUGUUAUGGAAGUACUUAUAAGGUCUAUGUUUGGAGUAGCUACGGAAUGGCCGAAGGACGUCACGAAAAUUAUUAUGUCCAUCAUUGAGACUGCGAAGGAUAAUAUAUUUGGUUUUACCAAAGAUUGAUUAUUUGUCAUCCAUAUUGGACUCGUAGUUAAUUGUAAUAAAAAUGUAAUACUCAAUCAACGAAGUGUUUUUU